AAGCCGAUUCUCAAUUUCCACGACAGCAACACCUCUCUGCUUCCUUCGUCCGCAGGGCCUCUCGCGCAGCACCGAAGCGCCAUCUCUCCCCAUCCCCCUUCCCGCGCCUUCUAGAACCUUCCACCCCAACUGCCGGGGCUGCGCAGAUGGCGACCAUGGAGAACGUGAUCGUGCUCGUGAACCGUAUCCAGCGCGCCUGCACCGUGCUCGGCGACCACGGCGGGGACGGCGCCGCCGCCUCCCUCCCCGCCCUGUGGGAGGCGCUGCCUUCCGUGGCCGUCGUCGGAGGGCAGAGUUCGGGGAAGUCGUCCGUGCUGGAGAGCAUCGUCGGGCGCGACUUCCUUCCUCGAGGCUCUGGGAUCGUGACGAGGAGGCCACUGGUUCUGCAGCUGCACAAGACGGAGGUCGGGGAGCAGGAGUACGCCGAGUUCCUGCAUGCACCAAGGCGUCGGUUCACCGAUUUCGCUCUUGUGCGUAUGGAAAUCGAAGAUGAAACUGAUAGAUUGACGGGGAGAUCAAAACAAAUAUCUCCAGUCCCUAUUCAUCUCAGCAUAUACUCACCAAACGUUGUCAACUUAACAUUGAUUGAUCUGCCGGGUCUAACUAAGGUUGCUACAGAGGGGCAGCCUGAAAGCAUUGCCCAGGAUAUCGAAAACAUGGUGCGCUUAUACGUUGAGAAGCCAAACUGUAUUAUACUUGCUAUAUCUCCUGCCAAUCAAGAUAUAGCAACAUCAGAUGCCAUUAAGCUUGCUCGGGAUGUUGAUCCAACUGGUGAAAGGACCUUUGGCGUGUUGACUAAGCUUGAUUUGAUGGACAAGGGAACAGAUGCACUUGAUGUUCUUGAAGGAAGAGCUUACAAGCUACAACACCCAUGGGUUGGAAUUGUUAACCGCUCACAAGCGGAUAUCAACAGGAAUGUUGACAUGAUUAUUGCUAGGGAAAAAGAACAAGAGUUCUUUCAUUCUAGUCCUGAAUAUGCUCAUUUAGCCAGCAGGAUGGGUUCAGAAUAUCUUGCUAAACUUCUUUCACAGCAACUCGAGGCAGUUAUCAGGGCACGCAUUCCAAGCAUCACAUCUUUGAUAAACAAAACUAUUGAUGAGCUUGAGUCUGAGAUGGAUCACCUUGGUAGACCUAUUGGAUCAGACGCUGGGGCUCAGUUAUAUCUAGUCCUGGAGUUGUGCCGUGCAUUUGACAAAAUAUUUAAAGAACAUCUUGAUGGAGGACGACCUGGUGGUGAUCGAAUUUACUGGGUCUUUGAUAAUCAACUCCCUGCUGCUCUGCGGAAGCUUCCAUUUGACCGCCACCUCUCCUUGCCAAACGUUAAACGAAUCGUGUCACAAGCUGAUGGUUAUCAGCCUCAUUUAAUUGCUCCUGAGCAAGGUUACCGUCGACUGAUAGAGUCUGCUCUCAGUUUUUUUAGAGGGCCAGCUGAAGCUUCUGUAGAUGCUGUGCAUAAUGUCCUGAAAGAGCUGGUAAGGAAAUCAAUUGGGGAGACUGAGGAACUGAGAAGAUUUCCCACUCUUCAAGCGGAGCUUGCUGCUGCAUGCAACAAAGCCCUGGAGAGCUUCCGUCAAGAGGGUCGUAAAACUACUGUGCGAUUGGUUGAUAUGGAGUCAGCGUAUUUGACGGUCGACUUCUUCCGCAAGCUUCCACAGGAGGUGGACAGGGCUGGAACUGGAUACCCUGUGGACAAUGCUGGAACUGGACCUUCCACUCCUGUUGAUCGGUACUCUGACGCGCACUUCAGGAGAAUUGCUUCUAAUGUGUCCUCGUACAUUGGCAUGAUAUCGGACACACUGAAGAAUACUAUUCCCAAGGCUGUUGUUCACUGCCAAGUCCGGGAAGCCAAGCGGUCCUUGCUGAACUAUUUCUAUAUUCAAGUGGGCAGUAAAGAUGCUAAGCAGCUCGCGCUACUGCUUGAUGAGGAUCCUGCUCUUAUGGGGCGCAGGCAGCAAUGCUUUAAGAGGCUUGAGCUAUACAAGUCAGCAAGGGAUGAGAUUGAUGCCGUGUCAUGGUCGCGGUGAAGGUAACAUACCAUGUGCUUGUAAUAUACUUGCUACCUUAGUUCAACUCAUUUUGUUUUGAGAAAGGCCGAAUUAGCAGUCGGUUAGUCUGGACUAUUGUUGUCAAAUCUCAGUUGACAGAUCAGUUACCUUGCUGUAUAUAACUCCCUAGUCUUUUUUUCACCGUGUAACUCCGAGCUAUUAGUACGAAUAUAACAGUUCUGUGUGACUACGGGUAGGAAAUUUACAGACUUCUAAGUAGAAGUACUAAUUGUUUCUGGUACUUCUUAGUAGGAUGCAUGUGAUCUUUGACAAUCUGUAUGCGGAGUUCUCAGCAUAAGUAAUGAUCUUUCACAAUC